GGUAUACCCCGCAUCCAGGCGAACCCACUCACUGCCGGAUAACGCAAGACGAUGCUCCUGAGUUUCACUUAUGAUAUCUUAACGCAAAGUGAAGGGGAAGCGUGUCGGCCACGCCCUCCCGGUCCGGGUGCAGCUGUGCGGGACGCGAACCUCCCGGACCCGGUCCUCUCCGGAGACCCGGGCGCAGCAUCAGCAGCACAAAGGGAGCUGAGGACGCAAAACCCGGGGAGCCUGUGAGCACGGGAAAGCCUUUCGUUAAGUGAGAAAUUUGUUGUUACCAUGGCAACAAACGCAAACGAUGCUGAUUUUGAGGUAACACUGCCUGAAAGUGCAGAGCACAGGCAACAGGGAAAAUUCCAGCCCUUUAAACGUCUGUUCCGGAAGAAGAAGAAGCGAGAAGCGACGGCGGACUUUGAGGAGGCCGGGAUUAAAUGUAGCCAGUCCACUGGAGACGUGACCAAUGGGAUUCUGUCUGAUGAUGAAGAGACCAAUCAGCAUCUGAGGGCAGUAAACACUCUCGGCUCCCGGGCCAUCUCCCAUGAAAGCAUAUUUAUCUGUGAAGAAACCAGCAGAAUAGACACCAUGUCCCAGGAGAACGUCUCAGACAAAGUGAGAGACCUGCAGAGGCAAAUAGCCCAGAAUAUAAAGUUUGGUCAGAAGCCGUCCUCUCCAAGGAAGAGUGAGGAUGCUGGAGACAGUUCCGAUGAGGAAGAGGUUCCUGGGAGACCUUUGCAAGUGUUAGCUCAGGUGGAGGUGGAGCCAGUGGGGGCAGCAGGUGCUGUCCAGACCGGUGUCCUGGACAGAGCUGAGGGUGGGACCCAGGCAACAGUGCUGAAAUCUCCCAGAACCAAAAGAGCGAUUCCACCUGCAGGCACAAUCGAGUCUAUCAACCUGGAUGCUGUGCCCCUCUCUUUAACCUGCCUCGACAGCACUGCAGCUAAACACAAGCUGUCCAUUAAACCCAAAAACCAGAGGGUAUCUCGCAAACACAGACGGUUUACUCAGGAUCUGCAAGAAGUCUCAAUGCCUGGUGUUCUGCAAGAAGAUACAGAGCCACAGACACCUGGAGAUGGUGGUGGAUUCACAUUGAAGUGUGAAGAACCUUUAUGGUCAGAAGAUGAGCUACCAAUUGGAUCUCCAGAGAAGUCAAAGAAACCAAAGCUCAAUGAUGAAGCUCAACUGUUAGAAGAUGAGUGGGCUGUCGAGGAACGGCAAACCAGCAGGACACAGGAAGUUCUGGAAGAGAACCGUAAAACUGAAGAUAGAGAACUGAGGAAAAUGGAAGAAGAUCAUCAGAGAAAAGCAGAAGAACUGAGACUACAAAAGGAAAAGAAGAAAAAGGAAGAAAAGGAAGAGAUGGAAAGCCGAAGCAAAGAGGAAAAAAGGAGGAUAAAGAAUGAGGAGGAAGUGAAACGACAGCAGGAGUUGGAAGUAGAACUGCUGAACUUGGAAAAAGAGAGGAAACUAAUUGAAGAAGAGGAGAGAAGGACAUUAAGAGACUUAGAAGAGCAGAGUCGGCAGCAGCGGGAAGCGCAAAGGCAAGAGGAAAAUAGGAUACCGAAGAAAGACAAUAAAGAACAGAAACUAGAAGAGAAGAGGAGAAUAAAUGAGGUAGAACUACAAAGUCAAGACAAUGAACGGCAAAAGCGUGAGCAAAAUGGGCAGGGCAACCAGCCUGCUGAACAGAGCAAACUCACAGGAGCCUCACAAGAGGAAGGCAUGGGCAGAACUGAAGCCUCCCCUGAAGACACAGCCGAUUCUGCAACAUGGAAGCAAAAGGCAGAGGAGUUGCGCUGGAAGGAGAUGGACGAAAAACAGAGGCCUUUCACCUUCAAAGUGUCAUCUGGAGAGAAGCAGAUACUGUUCCAAAGAGUCAACCUGUCACCUGUGACACCCAGCAGGCCGCAAGGCAACCAGACGGACUUCAAAGAGACAAAAACACCACCGACUAGAACUGGAGAGUCCCCGACGCUGCCCUGCUCCUUGUUUGUACCACAUACUGCAAUACUUGUUACCGGGGCUCAACUUUGCGGUGCCGCGGUGAACCUGGACCAGAUCAAGGACCCCGCUUGCAAGUCCCUGCUUGGUCUGACUGAGGACAAGAAAGCUAUUAGCCUCCCCCUGAGCAAAGGCCCUGUCAAGACCUCAGCAGAACGCAAGUCGGGGAAAACCAAAUCCCUGAAUGAGUCUUCUGCCGAUCAGUCCAGCUCUGCUAUGCUGGCAGAAUGGGCCAGCAUUCGCUCAAAAAUAUUCAAAAGAACUGAGAAUGGAGAUGACCUGGACCAGAACAUCCAGCACCAGAACCAACCCCCAAGUGAAGAUCUGAGCCAGAAAUCAUUGUCUGGCGUACACGGAAACCUCAGAAAGACGAUGUCCGUUAAUGCAAAGUUCUCAAUUACACCUGCAAGGCAAAAAUUCCCAGAUUCAAGCAGGGCUUCUGAGGAAGAACAGCAAAAGGAGAGACAAGGUGGACAGGUGGAGCCUUCUCCAGACACUGGGGUGCCUCUCCCCGACUAUCCAACCUCAGAGGCUCAGAACCGGACCGGUAAGACUGUUCGGAUCCAGGACAGAACAGAAGGGUGUAUGUUUGCGAAAGAUCUGCCAUCCUUCCUGGUCCCCAGCCCACCUCAAAGUUCCCUCAGGAGCAGAUCACAGUCAGAAGCUGGGAACCCAGUGCUGUGUGACUCCAGCUGGGACAGCAAACCCCUAAGCAGUGAGGACAAAGCCUCUCCUUUUGGCGUCAAGCUAAGAAGAACGAACUACUCUCUCCGCUUCCGCAGUGAGCAGCCGGUGGAGAAACGGAAGAAGCGGUACAGUGCGGGGGACAGCUUCGAUGGAAUCCCGAGUCCUUUGACUCCCAUCGAUCCGGACUCAUCAGAAAAGUCCAGUCCCUCAUCUCCACUACGUGACGGUAUCAACCAACUGGGUUACACUGGAAUAACCACGGAAUCCAAGUUCCCGGCCGAACAGGCCCCCGUCCCGGCCACGCGCGGUGACAGUGAGAGGCACCAUCCCAAGCAGCUACACUCGAAACCCGCCAUCGCACCAAAGCCCUGCAGCAGCAGCACACCUCCCCCGUCCCCACAGGUCAAAGGUCAAGCUGCAGCACUGAGUGCAGCCGCAACUGCCAGCGCUCGCCAGGAGUCACAGGAACAGGACAGUAGCACAGGUCUCCUGGCAAAGGCCCGGCUAGAAGAGGAGGGGCCAAAGGAGAGGAAAUCCUUCUUCCCAUCCAUCAGCAUUCCCUGGAGGGAGAAAGGCGACAGGAGGGUGGAGGUUAUCAAGAGAGAGAAGCCGUUCCUGCAGAGUAGACAUUCCCUGGAUAGCGGACGCAUUGAGCAGACCAGGCCUCACGUGACGGAGCAUGAGAGACAGCCGGAAAAGGAGACGGGGCCUCUGUGGAUCACACUGGCCCUUCAGAAACAAAAAGGGUUCAGGGAACAGCAGCAGAGUCGAGAGGAACGCCGACAGAUGCGAGAAGCCAGACUGGCAGAGAAGCAAUCCAAAGAGGAACAAGGCCGACAGACUGAUUUCACCGCUGGGCCCUUGGGCAAAGCCCUUAACCAGAAGCAGUUGCUCCAGGGACUGGCUGACCCUGCCUUCACAAAAGAGAGCGGAUGUAGCAGCCCAGAGAGCAGAGAAGGCAGCGAUGGGGGGGGUCUCGCUCAGAAAGGCGGGGAGUGUGGCAGGGGAUGUGGCGCUUUGGGCCUGUUCGAGCGCAGGGAGCAGCUGAGGAAGGCCAACACUCUCCCCAGCACUGUGGAUGCUGCGGACUCCACACCUGCGGCUCCUCCAGUGAAGGAUGCAGUGAAGCGCUUCCCAUGCGUGGAGUCGGCGCAGGUCUGCACCGAACCCGCCUGGCUGGCCCUGGCCAAACGCAAGGCCAAGGCCUGGAGCGACUGUCCUCAGAUCAUCAAGUAAACUGGCAGAAAGUCCGCCCUCCACAUUCCGGCCCUGAUCUCCGCACAGUUGCACAUCACCUUCUGAUCCCCAUACUAUCACAAUCAGCAGCAGAUCUCUACAUGCCCAGCAUGCGAAUCUGAUUCUUACGCAUGGUGUAAGGUGUGUGCUCAGGGCUGCCCCAACUCCUUUUGGCACAAAAUUUGAUUAGCCUAGUUGUCAUUUGUCAUCUUCCUUCCCAUUCUGACAGGCUGAUCAUAUGGGGGCGCCCCCUGGUGGCCGCUGAGCCCUAAGCAGCCGCAUACUUUGCAUAUGCCUUGGUCGGGUCCUGGGUGUGCUGUAGUAUGAGGUAUGGAAGCGAUGUACGCUGUGUGUGUGAGUAAUUACACAGUGUAGCACGUAAGGACUCAGACUGGUGAGCAGAAGUUUGUAAAUGCUGUGCGGGUCAGUGAUACUGUAGGUAUGAGUAUGGCACAAAACCUGA